CUCCCACUGAAAGAGCGUGGGUGGACACAGGGGGAGGAGACGGGGUGAGCGACCCGUCCCGCCGCGUGCCCGGAGAGAGCGAGCGGGGCGGCCCCAUGGAGCGGUGGCGGGAGUUGAGGCCGGCGGGCCGGGGGGCGAUUUGGGGGCUUCUGCUGGCGCCGUUCAGGCUGUGGCUGUACCUCUGGAGGGGCAGGAACGUCCUCCAGGCGGUCUGGAUCUUGCUCCAUCAUUGCUGGGCCCAUAGGCCCUCGUCCUGGGACCCCCAGAGCUGCCCCACCACGCUGACCGGCAUGACCGCCGUCGUCACCGGGGCCACCUCGGGAAUCGGGAAGCAGGUGGCCCUGGAGCUGGCCCAAAGGGGGGCCCGGGUGGUCCUGGCUUGCCGGGACCUGACCCGGGGCCAGGAGGCCCUGGACGAGAUCCGGGCGGCCACGGGGUGCGGACCCCGGCGGCUGCUCCUCCGGGAGGUGGACCUCGGCUCCCUGGCCUCCGUCCGGGCCUUCGCCGCCCGCCUCCUCGCCGAGUUGCCCCAGAUCCACCUGCUCGUCAACAACGCCGGCGUCUACGGACUCGUCGCCAAGAGCCCGGAUGGCCUGAAUCUCACCAUAGCCACUAACUACUUGGGUCCAUUUCUCCUUACCAACCUGCUGCUGGAGGGUCUGCGGCGGGCGGACCGCGCCCGCAUCGUCAACGUGUCCUCCUUCCGGGAAAAGUUCGGCUUCAUAGACGAGGGGUACCUGAGCGGGGGAGGCGUCCGCCUGACGCCACAACAGUCCUACGACUGCAGCAAGCUGCUCCUGCUCGCUUUCACUUCCCAACUCGCCCGGCACCUGCAGGGCACAGGCGUGACGGUGAACGCAGCGGACCCGGGCCUGGUGGUGACCAACAUCACGCGGAACCUUGGCAGGACCUGGAAGCUCCUUUUGUAUCUGCUGAGACCCUUCUUCAAAAGUCCCGCCCAGGGCGCCCGGAGCAUCCUGUACUGCUGCUUGGCCCAGGAGGUCGAGGGGGUGACAGGCAAAUUCUUCGGCAACAACUGUACCCUGCAGCAGCCCGCUGCCCCCGCCCGCGACCCCGUCCUCGCCCGCAGCGUCUGGACGGCCUCCUGCCGCCUCACGGGCCUCAGCCCCCCCGCCGUCUCGAUGGGACAGCCCCCCCGGCUCCCCUGGCCCACCCUUGGAACCCCACAAAGGAGCAGAGUAAGAAAGAAGAGCACCCUUCCUGGAAUUGCCCACCCUGGCACCCGCGGGGGCAAUAAAUAAUGAUAACAAUGAUAA